AUGAGGCCUGUCGCGACGUCCAUCCUCCACCGGGCAAAGUGGCGGCCCGACCCGUCACUCAAGCUCCAGAACGGAGACAUACAUUCUGGGCUCGUCAGUCUGGAGACAAUUUCCCAUAAGGAGCUUUUUCAGCAGAACCUCUUCGAUAAGGCCAAGAGCUCCCCGCAGAAGGCAUCUUCUGCAGAGAGCAGUGAGGAUUCAAAUGCUUUUCAGAGUUUUCCUGAGGAUGAGCUGAAUGUUAUGGCUGAUCACAGUUACAAGCAGGAGUUUGUUGAUGAAAUAUGCUCUCUUGCCGACGUUGAGGGCAUAGAUGAAUGGGUUAGACUGGGCCUUCAUCCUGUUCUCUGUAAGUAUUUGGUGCGAGCAGGAUAUACCAAGCCCCGCGCCAUUCAGACUCAGACAAUAAGGGCUGCCCUCCAUAACAAGUCCCUUGUCAUCGCCGCUGAAACAGGUUCUGGGAAGACCCUUGCAUAUCUGCUCCCAGCACUUCACAAGGCAUUUACCCUGGUGACCAAUGCCCUCAAGCGCCCAGACCAGGCCCAGAGGCGAGCCUUGCAGACCCUUAUCAUUGCACCGACACGCGAGCUGGCCACGCAGAUCAAUACUGUGAUGACAACAAUAUUUGGGGACAUCCAGAAGUGUUUUCGCAUAAUGUACACCAUUGUGGGCGGGAUCUCUCCCCAGAAGCAGGAGCGCUUCAUACGGGAGCGGCCCCUCAUACUAGUGGGCACCCCGGGCCGUUUGUAUGACAUUUCAAGGUCUAAUGCGUUCUUCGCCGACACCAGCUUGAUAGACAGACUGGUCAUAGAUGAGUCAGAUAAGAUGCUUCAGAAGGGCCGGUUUCAUGAGCUCAUAGACUUGUGUAGCUCUCUCACAAGCACCGUGGUCGAUGGUUGUACAGCAAAAGUCACAAUCAGCUCAGCAACUAUGAGCCUUCCAUCGCUGCUCAGAGAGCGGAAUAUAAAGUUUUCAGAGCCCGAUGAGGAGACAGGGCAGCCAUCUAAUCAAGGAAGAACAUGGAAGGAGAAGAAGUGGGGUUCUCGCAAGGACAACAAAUUCGACAGAGCUAUUCGCUCAUCGAAGAAGGCGCUCGUGCUCGAAAUAGCUGAUAACGCAUCAGUAACCGAAAGCCAGCGGCAGAUAUACAUGUCGUGGUUGAAGGUUCUUAGCAAUCUAGGCUUUUCGGGCAGCAAAUUGGUCAUUGUUGACAUAUCUCCAGAUUGUAUCGUUAAUAAGGCUGUUUUUGAACUGUGGAAUCACGUGUUUGAUGAGGCGGAGAAAAGCGUAUUAAUGGCGUAUCUCGUGAUCCGAUAUCGUUACCCCACGAUCAUCUUUGUAAAGACUAUUGAUCAGGCUAAGAACUUCACGACCAUAUUCCAGCUCCUUGGCAUCUCCGCGUGGUGUGUACAUGCGUCGAUGCCUCAGCGUCAGAGAUAUAAGAAUGUGGACAGACUCCGUGACCGUGAUGAUACCGUUCUAAUCACUACAGAUGUGUGCGCCCGAGGCCUUGACAUUCCCCAUGUAUCGCUUGUUAUUCAGCAUUCGGCCCCGGACUCCACCUCCAGUCAUAUCCACCGGGUUGGUCGUGCAGCACGGGUGGAAUCGGGCGCUGACCAGAAGCAUGUGGGAAUGGCAGUCUCUCUGAUUUCUCCAGCUGACAACAGUCGCUUUGUCCAAAUCGCAUCUGUGUGUGGCUACACCCAGAAGACAAUGCCUCCAGCUAUUGACAUCCAGAGUGACAUUCUAAAAAGCAUCAAGCACAUCUGGCUUGCGGCCUCUAAGGCGGCAGACGCUCUUGUCGAAAACCAGAGCUUUAUGAGGAGACAGUCGUACAAGCGUCGCGACGAGAAGAACUUUAAUAGUUCCUCGGAUGAGUCAGAUGGGGACUUUCGAGAAUUUACAAAUAACCCUGAAGCACAGGCCGUCUCUCAAGAGCUCUCUGAGCAAAUAAAGAUCUCUAGGGCCCGGUUAGAGUCUCUGCUUUCAAAGCCUCUCAAACCCUUAUCGAAGCUGAGAAGACCACCAAUGCACUUGGUCGGAGCAGCCACCAAGGUAAAGGAAGACGUUGCCGAUCUACUAACAGAGCAUCCACGAGAGCUGAAGUUAGGAGGAUCUUCAGGCAUUUCUUUAGACAGAAGUGAAAAGCGGGCUGUCUCAUCUAAGGUUUCUUCUCAGGACAUACCGAAGAAAACGAGUGGCGUCGUGAGUAACGUUGCAAGGACAAAUAAGAGCACAAAAGGAUCCAACAGCAGGAGGGCAAUAAAACUAUAG